AUGUAUCUCGAGGAAUUUAACGGAAACGAUAUAAAUAAAUUCCUCGCGAGCGAGUUCGAAACAUUCACCCGACACCGCAGCCGUGAAUUUGUGGGCAUGAUUGUGGCCAAAGCAGCAGCGCGCUCCCAGGGAGUGUUCCUCUGGGUAACACUGGUGGUGAAAGAGCUGAAGAAAGGAAAGCUACUCGUUGGAACAGACAAGGAGUUGGAAAGCGCCAUCGACUCACUCCCGGCGGACUUGACUGAGUUCUAUGACCAUAUCCUGGAAGAUCUGGAUACCACUGCUCAGGCAGAGACGAGAAGAAUGCUGGAAUGGGUUCUGUUUGCCGAUAGACCACUAUCGCGCUCCCAGAAGGCCGGAUGGAGGAACGAAUACGAGAAUACUCUGGGGGCCUAUUACCUGCUGGAGAAACAAAUUACCGUGGCUGGAACCACGUCCGAAACGCUUCCGCUGAUAGUGGAACGCGACGCUCAUGCCAAUCUUGCCCGUGUGUGUAUCCAAUAUCUAGCCUUCGCCGACUUCAACCUUCCUGCUCCAAUAGAUACGGACACUCGGCACCGGCUUCUCGGGAUCCCUUUCGUUCGAUAUACUACACAGAUGUGGCUCAAACACGCCCCACUUGCGGACCCUUCCGAAAGGACGGCCUGCAUGACGAUCUUUGACUGGCCUGAGCGCCAGAACUUUCAGACAUGGCUUACAAACUACGAGCACCUUGAAGGGAUUGGGGAGGACUCGCAUCAACCAAGGGUGGGAGGGUGGAAGAAGCCGCUGUUUGUCGCAUCACAAAUGGGACUCCAGUCCGAUGUAAAACACUUUAUUCCCUUCCUGCAAAACGAGGAUGGAAACGAGCGCCAAGCAUCAGCAACAAGUGCACUCGUUGCAGCAUCGGUCGGAGGCCAUGAAGCUACUGCCGCACUUGUCCUCGAUACCGGAGGCGAUAGCGAGAAUAUGAAAGGGAACUACGGAAAUGCUUUACAGGAAGCCGCCCGCAGAGGUCAUCAGAUGGACUAUGGAGAACCCUUGAGAGCUGCGGCAAGCCGCAGACAUAAAGAUGCCGUCCGGAUGCUCCUCGAGAAAGGAGCAAACGUCAACGCGAAGGGAGGCAUUUUCGGAUGCGCUCUACAGGGAGCAGCGUUCGGAGGUUUUGAUGAUAUAGUCAGGCUUCUUCUACAAUGGGGUGCAGAUAUCAACGAGGAGGGCGGCGGGUACGGUUACGCUUUGCAUGCGGCGGCAAUAGCAGGACAUGAGACAACCGUGGCGUUACUUCUGGAGAGAGGGGCAGCAAUAGAUGCCUGUAGAGGUGACUAUGGAUAUGCAUUAGAGGCCGCAGCCCGUGGAUACCAUCCCAUCGUCGUUGAAAACCAAAUAGUGGUGGUGAAGCUACUGCUAGAAUGGGGGGCGGAUGUCAAUGCGCAAGGAGGAAAGUUUCACGGAAAGGCGUAUCACGCGGCAGCAGUUGCGGCACGUCGAGCAGCAAUACAGUGCUGGCAGGGCUCCCUAUCCGUUAUGAAGCUUCUGCUCGAAAGUGGGGCCGACAUCAAUUGCGGUAGAAACGAACACCAGGCUCCAUUAUCACUAGCUGCCGCGCGCGGUCGUACGGAGGUUGUGGAAUUUCUCCUUGAGAAAGGUGUUGAUGUCAACACAGAAGGUGAUGACUGGGCGAGCGCGUUGUUCGGGGCUGUAGACCGCCGGAAGGAACCUAUUGUACGAAUGCUUCUCGAUCACGGUGCCAACCCAAACGUCAAAGAAAAAUCACGUAGGGACGCGGAGUGGGCUAUCCAGGUGGCGGUGAGAGAACGUUGUGAGGAGAUAGUGAGCUUGUUGCUGGAGAGGGGGGCUGACCCAAGUAAUGUGGAACUACACUCCUGCACAUUUGCGGAGGUCCUGGAAGCUGGCUCCCCAACGGAUAUGGAAAAGCUUUUGGUUGGGGAUUUUAGGCGUGGCCAGGAUUCUAGGCGCCGCCGCCGUUAA